AGCAGCGAAGGAUGACCGAGGUGCCUUGGCCGGCUGUCCCCAACGGGACGGAUACAGCCCUCCUGGCUGACCUGGGCUCGCCUUGGGGGAACAGUACCGUGGCCUCCACAGCCGCGGUUGCCUCUUCGUUCCGGUGUGCCCUGACCAAGACCGGCUUCCAGUUCUACUACCUGCCGGCGGUCUACAUCUUAGUGUUCAUCAUCGGCUUCAUUGGCAACAGCGUGGCUAUCUGGAUGUUCGUUUUCCACAUGAAGCCUUGGAGCGGCAUCUCCGUGUACAUGUUCAACUUGGCUCUGGCCGACUUUCUGUACGUGCUCACCCUGCCAGCCCUCAUCUUCUACUACUUCAACAAGACCGACUGGAUCUUCGGGGAUGCCAUGUGCAAGCUGCAGAGAUUCAUCUUCCACGUGAACCUCUACGGCAGCAUCCUGUUCCUCACCUGCAUCAGCGCGCACAGGUACAGCGGCGUGGUGUACCCGCUCAAAUCCCUGGGCCGGCUCAAGAAGAAGAACGCUGUCUACGUCAGCGUGCUGGUGUGGCUCAUCGUGGUGGUGGCCAUCUCCCCCAUUCUCUUCUACUCUGGCACGGGGAUCCGGAAAAACAAAACCGUCACCUGCUAUGACACCACCACGGACGAGUACCUGCGGAGUUACUUCAUCUACAGCAUGUGCACGACGGUGGCCAUGUUCUGCAUCCCCUUGGUGCUGAUCCUGGGCUGCUACGGGUUGAUCGUUAGAGCUUUGAUUUACAAAGACCUGGACAACUCCCCUCUCAGGAGGAAAUCCAUUUACCUGGUAAUAAUUGUCCUGACGGUGUUUGCCGUGUCCUACAUCCCUUUCCAUGUGAUGAAAACGAUGAACUUGCGGGCGCGCCUGGAUUUCCAGACCCCGGAAAUGUGUGACUUCAAUGACAGGGUUUAUGCCACUUACCAGGUGACGCGGGGUCUAGCCAGUCUCAACAGUUGUGUGGACCCCAUUCUUUAUUUCUUGGCUGGAGACACCUUCAGAAGGAGGCUGUCCCGAGCCACCAGGAAAGCCUCCAGGAGGAGUGAGGCCAAUCUACAGUCCAAGAGUGAAGAAAUGACUCUCAACAUUUUAUCCGAGUUCAAGCAGAACGGAGACACAAGCUUGUGAAGGCACAAGACCCAAACACCUCACUUUUGUCACGUGGUAGGAUGCUCCCAGAACCAGCCACUUUGCUUGCUACCCCUUGAGUUCAUAGUCAGUUAAAAAAAAAAAAGCAUCAAUUUGUUACACAUUCACAUUUAUCUUUCCUUCCUGGAAGCUCCUUUCUUACUUACUAGAAGUAUGUGUAAUCAAACAGUACUACCUAGAUAAACACCCCCUCUUCCUCCUUUGAAAUCCCCAGGCUUUUCUACUUAAAAGUGUGUGUGUGCGCAUGUGUAGCAGAGCAAAUUUGAUAUUAAAAGUUUCUCCAAGAAAACUGGCCACCUGGAAUUUGAGUUUUUGAUUUGCCCAGCCCCUGUUGCUGUGAACAACUCAUGGCAUAAACAAACUAAAAUCCAUACGUUCAAAAACCGUUUGGCAUAGUCUAACGAAACCUUGGUGAGUCCAUUCAGUAAUGAGCCGAUGCCUGUGGUACAUGUCUUUCAGUCCCUCAGAAGCGUGGACGGUGGCUGACAAUGCCUUUGGGGGAACUGAAUAGAAAAACAAGAAUCAAUGAGCUUUCAUGUGUGGAAAAUGGGUGUUUCCGGGUAUUUCUGGAAAGCUGAUUACUGCCCAUUGCUUGUUUAAUGUUUGGUGGUGGGAGGCUGCGGAUGUUAUAUUGUUGGCAAAAUACACUCAAAAUAGUUGAAGUGCAUGUGUUUUUCUUGUAAAUACUGUGGACCGUUAGGCUCCCUGGGAUAAAAAAAAAAGUUCUCUCUUGCUCCGCUGCUGUGCAGUGUCUUUGGACUUUGUGUUCCAAGAGAAGUGCUCACUCACAUCUGUGAAAACAAUUUUGAGAAAUCACAGUUGCAUUGUAGACGGAAGGUUGGUUGGGUGAAGUAGCAGAACUGUUAGAUGGAGGGCCACUGGGCAGGACGUCGGUGUUUCAGAGGGCCAUGGCUGACAUUCACAAUGCAGCUGGAGGUGUGUGUGUGGGGGGCGUGCGUAUAAUUCUAGAAGAAGGAUGUAAAACUAAAAUAAUGGGAGGGUUCUUUUUGUUUCUUCAAAGUUCUUGAAAACAUUAAAUGCAGGAAGUCAUAGGUGUGCUGAGAGGAUGGAAAACUGUAGUCUCUUAACGAAUUGUAAUAUUUUAAUGACUCUUAAGAUGAAAAACAUUUGCAAAGAGAAAAUAAAGGAAGUUAGCUUGCAAGUACCCGAGGCACCAUAAAACUGAAAAGUGAAGUUAUUUGUCUAGCCCUUAGUAGUCAGGGGAUAGCCAGUGUUUCCUGCCCUUGUCUGCUAGACAGUAGUGAAAUACUUGUAAAGGAUACUGAAAUUUAGAAAUAAUUUCCUCUGAAUAACAAAAAUACUUCCUCACUAUGUUAACACUUCAGCAAUGUUCAGUGGCUCAAAGGUAAUUUCGUUAAACUAACCCAAAUGGAAAUUUCAGAGACGCACAGCUCAGUGAUCCAUAUGUCUUUAUCAUUUCCUCAUUAUCUGAUACAGAUUUCUCCAUUUGAGUCUCAGGAUGCCAGCCUGAUCUUGGGUAUGUGUUAAACGCACUGUUUCAACAUUCAUCAACGGUUCUCUGGGAGUCUGUUUUGGUGAGGGGAACUUUUUCAUGCUCCUCGUUCUGGGGAUUGGGAUCUGGUCUUAGUGGAUACUAGGCAAGAGUUCAACCACUGAGACACAGCCCCAGCCCCUAACUAAGGAAGAGCAAGUUUCUCCCCGAACUUGCUUCAUCAUUUAACACAGUAACAAGACUGACGGUGCCAACCUCCAAAAGAAGUCCCCGAGAUGACCUGCGCACGUUCAGGUCAGGAUGAAGCAACGUGUUGUUGGCCACAAAGACCCAUAUGUGCCACCUGAUAUGAGCAAGCAUGCCAGAGUGAUCUGCUGGCAUUUGGGUGAAUCACACCCAGACUGUGAGAUUUAGCAGUCACUAAAUGUCACAAUAUGAAACUGUUUCCAUUCCAGGUUCAAGGGUCUGUGUUUGUUGCUGGUUCUGUUGUUCAUUCCUUGUCCUUUGACUCUCUGAAGGUUGCUUUGAACUUCUGUUCAACUCAAUCGAUAAAUGAAGACACUUAGCACAUGAGGGAGAAUUCAACAUUAAAACCCACAAGGUGGACACUGAGAAGUUGUUGGUCACCUGAGGCUUGAAGCCCAUUCUUCAUGAACAGCAGGGGUGAUGGGACAUCCCUGGGUUGACACCAUCGGUGCUGGGGCAAAUCUUGAAAAGCAGGCAGUGAGAGCUGUUGGGAACUAUGUUUCUGUGCUUCCUAGGGCUCUCCCAUCUAGUCCUUGGCUAAAAUUCUCAGUGUUCACCAGCUGUGGGUGGCGUGGACAGGUUGAACCCUGAAAGUGUCUACUUAUUCAGCCAGGACACUAAACCAGGUUUUGAUACAACAGAUACCAUUACUUUAGCAACAGCUAGAAUUCAACCAGUGAGAGGGACUUAGAAGUGGUGGUUCUAGUAAGUCUGUAUCGAAGCUUUCCUUUUACCAAUUGAAUGUUAUUGCUGUAAGAGUAUUUAUUGAUGAAGUUCACGGGCCUUCUGCUGUACAGACUCUAAAACUUUUCUCGAAGGUACAACAUACCAAUGUAAAUUCUAUUUAUUGCAACGUAUCGCAUUCAAAUGUUACACUGGCAUAUUUUACAAUAAUAUAUAAUGCUAGAUAAGAUGACAGUUAUAUUUAAGAUAUUUUUCAGAUGUUAGUAUUGAACAUUUAAGACUAGUUUGUAUUUGGAUCUAAACAGAUCUGCCUUAUUAUGUGUUUAAUAUCCCCUGGAUUUUGGAUUUGCAUGGAUUCCUUUUAAUUAGGGUUCUUGUUCUACAGACAUAAUUUCAUAUUAGAUUCAUAGCAAGUGUAGGGUAUUUUAGAAAGGCUCUAUAUUGUCUACAUUACUCAUAUUUAUAUUGUAGAAAGUUUGUUUGGUCUUUUGAGAAAGUUUAGAAUAUUGCCCUAAUUACCGUCAGGGCUUCCACUGCCAAAGGCUGUAGGCUUGUCUCCAAUUCAAAAUUGAUGAUUUAGAAGUCUAGUGAGUUGGGCAUUAUAGAUAUAACUUAAGAAUUUAAAGGAAGACUUUAGUGAAACAGGGAGACAAACAUGCAACGGAUAGUUUAAUGCUAGAUCUUGAAGCUUUGUAUUGUAUUUUUUUCUUAUGGUAACACAGUGCAAUCUUAACUUCUUUGAGGUUUUUAUGUAACACUAGCAACAAGUUCAGCAUUGCAAUUGAUUUUUAAUCUCUUCUCUUCGAGAAGCUGGUAACUUUAAUGCCAACAUUUUCAGUGAUAACUGUAUCAUUUGACUGCUAAACUCUGUCAGAUUUUUAAAUGAAGGUGAAUUUAUGUUACAUAUCAAAAUUUGUGCAUUUGAGAUAUGUUGUUUUAGUGAUUUUGCAAGAAAAUUUUAUUUUUAUAGUAUCUGUGAUUUUAAUGUAAAUGAUGGAAGCAAAUUUCUUUGUGGUUACCAGUGCUAUUGAGUGGUAUGGAACAGUGUUACUUGAUGUUUGGAGCCUUCUUGGGUUCUUGUGCAUCAGUGGUAGUUUAGCAAAUUUGAAAUAAUUGCAUAUAAUUAUCUUUGUAAUUAAGAGGAGGUGUAUUUCCUGCAAAAGCACAGAAUUGUUUUGACUGUAGGAGGCUACAGAAUCUCCCAUGCUUCUGUGAAUGCAUAUGAAUGUGUGUGUGUGUGUGUGUGUGUGUGUGUGUGUGUGUGUGUGUGGUGUGUCUAAGGCAUGGCAGCCAACCUUGUUAUCUGCUAUUUAUAGUAACAGCAGUACUUCAUAGUUGUGGUCAUCAGAAUUAUGAAUUAUACUUAUCAUAGACAAAACUGAGAAAGAUUCAAUAAAACUAUGAAAUGUG